AUGCGUCGCGCCAGCCGAGACUACACCAAGUACUUGCGCGGCUCCGAGGAGCUGGGCAGCGGCGCCGCCCACGAGAGCGCCCCGGCGCCGCCGCCGCCCCCGCCGCCCGCGCACCCGCACCCGCCGCCCGCAUCCCGCUCCCUCCUCGCCGCCCUCGUCCUCCUGGGGCUGGGGCAGGUGGUCUGCAGCGUCGCCCUCUUCCUCUACUUCCGAGCUCAGAUGGACCCUACCAGAAUUUCAAAAGAACAUGCACACUGUGUCAGAACACUUUUUGGACACCAAGAAAGUACAGAUUUGCAUGAUGCCUCCUUUGAAAGUCAAGAAGCGAAGUUAAUGCCAGAAUCCUGUAGAAGUGUGAAACAGGCUCUCCAAAGGGCUGUGCAGAGGGAAGUCCAGCGUGCUAUGGGAAGAACGCCACCAAGACCAGAAAAAGCUGCAAUGGAGGCAUUAGGACUUGAGCUGUACAAGAGGAGCAAACCUGAGAAGCAGCCAUUUGCCCAUCUCAUUAUUGAUGAUAAGAAUAUUCCAUCUGGAACUCGCAAAGUGAACCUCACAUCCUGGCAUCAUGACAAAGGCCAGGCAAACUUAUCAAAUAUGACAUUCAGUGACGGAAAACUAAUUGUUAAUCAAGAUGGAUUUUACUAUCUUUAUGCCAAUAUUUGUUUUAGGCAUCAUGAAACUUCAGGAAACUUGACUAAAAGAGGGCUUCAGUUGAUGGUUUAUGUGAUUAAGACAAACCUUAAAAUAAGGCGCUUUGAUGUGUUGAUGAAGGGAGGAAGCACCAAAUACUGGUCAGGGAAUUCAGAAUUUCAUUUUUAUUCUGUAAAUGUAGGGGGAUUUUUUAAAUUAAAAUCCGGAGAAAUGAUAAGUAUCCAGGUAUCAAACCCAUUGCUACUGGAUUCUUCGCAAGAAGCAACUUACUUUGGAGCAUUUAAAGUUAGGGAUUUAGAUUGA